AUGGGGACGAAGUGUCGGGAAGUACGUGGAGCACCCGAGGGCAGGAGGAGGGCGGCGGCUCGCAGAGCGCGGCCGGGCAGCACUACGAGUGCGGGAUGGAAGGCACAGAGGGAGCACUGGGAGCCCGAGGGGACACAGCGCGGGGUUGGGAGGGUCCCCCGGCUGCGGACCUGCUGGGGGACGGGGAAAGGGAGGAGAAGAGGCGGCGGCGCGGUCUCCCCCGGACCUGUUGUGCCUCUGCCGGCUAUAGGGCGGGGCGGGGGUACUGCCGGGCUGCGCGGUGCGGGGCUCCCCGCCGUCGCCUCACCGCCGCCCUUACCCCACCAGGCUGCGCGCCACCCGCCCUCUGAGGAAGCUCCUUCACCCCGCGCGGAGGAGCAGGAGGAGGAGGAGAAGGGAGGAAGGUUUGCUUUCCAGGUAUUAGUUAAUAUUGGCAACCAUUUUGAUCUUGCUUCCAGUAUAUUUGUAGCGCCAAGGAAAGGGAUAUAUAGUUUCAGUUUCCACGUGGUCAAGGUCUAUAACAGACAAACCAUCCAGGUAAGUUUAAUGCAAAACGGCUACCCAGUGAUUUCAGCUUUUGCAGGGGAUCAGGACGUCACCAGAGAAGCAGCCAGCAACGGGGUCUUGCUCCUCAUGGAAAGAGAAGACAAAGUGCAUCUCAAACUGGAAAGGGGUAACCUCAUGGGCGGGUGGAAAUAUUCAACCUUUUCUGGCUUCUUAGUCUUUCCACUAUAAAAGAAGGCCAAAUAGGAGACAGAUUGAUGAGCUGGUACAAGAAUUCAGUUAACAACACCCUGAACUUUGCAGCACACGACAAUAUUUCCAGUCACCCCGUCAGACUGUCACAGUAGAAGAAUGAUGACCUUCUAAACUCCAACAUUUGCUUUGAAUAUUGACAAUUCCUUGGGAACCUGCGCCUCUAAUUAGUUUUAGACGACAGUGAUCUUUAGGAGAAAUGAAAUUAUCGACCUGAGCAAUUUGUACCUGUGAUUGUAAAGUCAAUUUCGGAUUUUAUUGGUGGGAUCAUUGACUUUCUUCUUUUUUAUUAUUUUUUUUUCCUCUUGUUCAUUUUUUCCCCUCUUCUUUCUCUUCUUGUUCCAAUGAGACAAAUUACUCGGACCAUGCAAUUGCUUUGUCAAAGGCUCACUCCAGAGCCAGAAGAAUGAAUUGUUGAGCCCAAUGAGAUGUUCU